AGUCGGUGCAAAGUGACAAGUUGGGCGAGAGCUAGAGCGGGAGCAGGCGCCGCGCCGCCACCGAGGGAGCCCCAGACGGCAGCCCCCGGGCGCGGGGUGCGCUCUCCUGAGCCCGAGCCGGGCAGACUCGCCGCUCCCUAGUGGGACCCGGACAGUUCCGGACUGACCGGCCGGCCAAGGGGAGGCUACCGCCGGGGGCCGGAGAGGGACCACGCUCCCAGGUUUCUCAGCAGGGCGGCCCGAGGCGAGGGAGCAGGUUAGAGGGACAAAGGGCUUUCUAACGCUCCCGGCGUCCUGCGAGGGCGGCGGCCGGGACGAGGUGGCCGGGAGCCCGCGGAGAGCCCGUGGAUGUUCUGUGCGCGGCCUGGGAGCCGCUGCCGCGAGAGGAGGAAUGCACCAGCCGCGCCGCCGCGGGACGCCCCUGCCGCUGCUGGCCGCGCUGCUGCUGGCCGCGCGCGGGGCUGCCGCCCAAGAAACGCAGUCGUCAGUCACUGCUGAGUUAGUGCCUACCUCAUCAUGGAACAUUUCAAGUGAACUUGACAAAGAUUCUUACCUGGCCCUGGAUGAACCCAUGAAUAACAUCACCACGUCCCUGGGCCAGACCGCGGAACUGCACUGCAGAGUCUCGGGGAACCCCCCUCCCACCAUCCGCUGGUUCAAAAACGACGCCCCAGUGGUGCAGGAGCCCCGGAGAAUCUCCUUCCGCGCCACCAGCUACGGCUCCCGGCUGCGGAUCCGGAACCUCGACACCACGGACACCGGCUACUUCCAGUGCGUGGCGACAAACGGCAAGAAGGUGGUCUCCACCACCGGAGUCCUGUUCGUCAAGUUUGGUCCCCCUCCCACUGCAAGUCCUGGAUACUCAGAAGAGUAUGAAGAAGAUGGAUUCUGCCAGCCAUACAGAGGGAUCGCAUGUGCGAGGUUUAUUGGCAACCGCACCGUCUAUAUGGAGUCUUUGCACAUGCAAGGGGAAAUAGAAAAUCAGAUCACAGCUGCCUUCACUAUGAUCGGCACGUCCAGUCACUUAUCGGAUAAGUGUUCCCAGUUUGCCAUCCCUUCGCUGUGCCACUACGCCUUCCCGUACUGUGACGACUCCUCAUCUGCCCCAAAGCCCCGAGACUUGUGUCGCGAUGAAUGUGAAAUCCUAGAAAAUGUCCUGUGUCAAACGGAAUACAUUUUUGCAAGAUCGAAUCCCAUGAUUCUGAUGAGGCUGAAACUGCCCAAUUGUGAGGAUCUUCCACAGCCAGAGAGUCCAGAGGCUGCAAACUGUAUCCGGAUAGGAAUCCCCAUGGCAGAUCCAAUAAAUAAAAAUCACAAGUGUUAUAACAACACAGGUGUGGACUACCGAGGGACCGUCAGUGUGACCAAAUCAGGGCGACAGUGCCAGCCGUGGAAUUCCCAGUACCCUCACACACACACCUUCACUGCCAUCCAUUUCCCAGAGCUGAAUGGAGGCCAUUCCUACUGUCGCAACCCGGGGAAUCAGAAGGAAGCUCCCUGGUGCUUCACCUUGGAUGAAAACUUUAAGUCUGAUCUGUGUGACAUCCCAGCAUGUGAUUCAAAGGAUUCCAAGGAGAAGAAUAAAAUGGAAAUCCUAUACAUACUGGUGCCAAGUGUGGCCAUUCCGCUGGCUAUUGCUUUGCUCUUCUUCUUCAUCUGUGUCUGCCGCAAUAACCAGAAGUCAUCGUCACCACCAGUCCAGAGGCAACCAAAACACGUCAGAGGUCAAAAUGUGGAGAUGUCAAUGCUGAAUGCAUACAAACCCAAGAGCAAGGCUAAAGAGCUGCCUCUUUCUGCUGUACGCUUUAUGGAAGAACUGGGUGAGUGUGCCUUUGGAAAAAUCUAUAAAGGCCAUCUCUAUCUCCCAGGCAUGGACCAUGCGCAGCUGGUUGCCAUCAAGACCUUGAAAGACUAUAACAACCCCCAGCAAUGGACAGAAUUUCAGCAAGAAGCCUCCCUGAUGGCUGAACUGCACCACCCCAAUAUUGUGUGCCUUCUCGGUGCUGUCACUCAGGAACAGCCCGUGUGCAUACUGUUUGAGUACACAGAUCGAGGGGACCUCCAUGAGUUCCUGAUCAUGAGAUCCCCACAUUCUGAUGUCGGUUGUAGCAGUGAUGAAGAUGGGACUGUGAAAUCCAGCCUGGAUCAUGGAGACUUUCUGCACAUUGCAAUUCAGAUUGCAGCUGGCAUGGAAUACCUGUCCAGUCACUUCUUUGUCCACAAGGACCUUGCAGCUCGCAAUAUUUUAAUCGGAGAGCAACUACAUGUAAAGAUUUCAGACCUUGGGCUGUCCAGAGAAAUAUAUUCUGCCGAUUACUACAGGGUGCAGAGUAAGUCUUUGCUGCCCAUUCGCUGGAUGCCCCCUGAAGCCAUCCUGUAUGGCAAAUUCUCUUCUGAUUCAGAUAUCUGGUCCUUUGGGGUUGUCUUGUGGGAGAUUUUCAGUUUUGGACUCCAGCCGUAUUAUGGAUUUAGUAACCAGGAAGUGAUUGAAAUGGUGAGAAAGCGACAACUCUUGCCAUGCUCUGAAGACUGCCCACCCAGAAUGUACAGCCUCAUGACAGAGUGCUGGAAUGAGAUUCCUUCCAGAAGACCAAGAUUUAAAGAUAUUCAUGUCCGCCUUCGGUCCUGGGAGGGACUCUCAAGUCAUACCAGCUCUACUUCUCCUUCAGGGGGAAAUGCUACUACGCAGACAACCUCCCUCAGUGCCAGCCCAGUGAGCAACCUCAGUAAUCCCAGGUACCCCAACUACAUGUUCCCAAGCCAGGGCAUUACACCACAGGGCCAGAUUGCUGGUUUCAUUGGGCCGCCAAUACCUCAGAACCAGCGGUUCAUUCCCAUCAAUGGAUACCCAAUACCUCCCGGAUAUGCAGCAUUUCCAGCUGCCCACUACCAGCCAGCAGGUCCUCCCAGAGUGAUUCAGCACUGCCCGCCUCCCAAGAGUCGGUCCCCAAGCAGCGCCAGUGGGUCGACUAGCACUGGCCAUGUGACCAGCUUGCCCUCAUCGGGAUCUAACCAGGAAGCAAACAUUCCUUUACUACCACACAUGUCCAUUCCAAAUCAUCCUAGUGGAAUGGGUAUCACCGUUUUUAGCAACAAAUCUCAAAAACCCUACAAGAUAGACUCAAAGCAACCCUCUUUACUAGGAGACUCCAAUAUUCAUGGACACACAGAAUCUAUGAUUUCUGCAGAACUGUAAAAUGCAUGACUUCAUAAAUGUGGUAUGCAGGAAAAACUAGAAAACCAUGGGAAAGAUUUAUAUUCAAAUGUUUUUAUUAAAUAAGGUUCUCAUUUAGCAGACAUUGCAACAAGUAUCUUCUGUGAAGUGUAACAGUGUCUUACCAAGGAGGACAGACACUAGCCAGAAAAGAAACAAAACCUUUGUGGAAUUUACACUCCACUGGGGCACAAGACCUGGCACUGGGAUUGGAACACUAACGGUUCAAGUGAUGAAAACUGCAAACUAGUGAAGAGGAAAAGAGCCUUGUGAUGAGAUAUCAAACCAAAACAAAGUCAAGUGGUGCCGUGUGACUGGUCUCUCCCCACGAUGUAUACAUACUAUAGCAUUUGUCUACCUGCUGUCUUUUCUUCAGGACAGAUGUUCAGGAAUUACAUUGAUUCAGUUUAAACUCUUGUGCAUGUUUGUGUAGAAGUGAUGUUCAGAAUCAAUGAGGAAACGUUAGGCCAAAAUUGAAAUCCUGGAUGGAAAUGAGCCAUAGACAAAAUAUGCCCUCCCUUGAAGCCUUCUCCAUAGCAGGGCUUCCUGGGGAAGGUGCAGAGUGUGCCUCUUUGUGAACCUCCUCUCUGGUUAUGAAGGCCUUUUCCACGUUUCCUUUUUCAUAGUGUGUUUCCACAGCCCUUGGACCAUAAGAAGGCUAGAUGUGGAUGCUGGAAAUGAUCAUUGGCUGACAGUUUACUUUGUCACAUUAGGAACAAGGUACCAAAAGAAGCACAGUCAGGAGAAUGGCCCCUCAGCCUAGAUCAGUAUCCAUGGGAGAGGAAAAGGGUUCCCAUGGGGACGGCCUCCACGGGAGCUUCCCAGGAUCAAUACCAUUGAAAAAUAUAUGUAUGGCUACAGAUGGGUACACCCGGGCCUUACGACCCCUGUUGACAGGUGGCCCAAGGCAUCAGAGUGCUUGUCUUCAGACUCUAGGGACGUAGGAAACCCUAUGAUGAUACUUAUAUCUAGUAAAUUUAAAGUUUCUCUCACUUUUUCUCCAUGCGAGAAAUGUUUAUGGAUUUGAUUCUAGAGUUAACUAUUCAGAGAGUUAACUCUGUCUCAAAGACAAUUCUUUUUUCUUUCUUUUUUUUUUUUUUUAUUGUUGGGGAUUCAUUGAGGGUACAAUAAGCCAGGUUACACUGAUUGCAGUUGUUAGGUAAAGUCCCUCUUGCAAUCAUGUCUUGCCCCCAUAAAGUGUGACACACACCAAGGCCACACCCCCUCCCUCCGUCCCUCUUUCUGCAUAAAAUAUUACGUAUUUCUAAAAAAAGUUCUCAUUUCAAAGACUACAAAGAACUUAAUUUUCAAAGCUGGAAAAAUAGAAGCAACAUGACCAUUUCUGCCUUAGUUAGAGGGGAGGCAUCAGACGUGUCUCAUGUGUUACCUGCCAACCAGGUAUGGAAAGGAAUUUUGUAUUAAAUUUUUCUGUUUGUUUUUUUUUAAACCUCCUUUAUUCUAAGAACAAUGUCUCAAAGUCUCAUUUUCAUUUUAAAGGUAUGAGAGAAUUAUAAAGAAACUUAAAGGUUUUAAAUUAAUUCCUAGAAAUUAUAUUUAAGGCAGAGAAUAUGAUGUUUUCUAUUUUUAAAAAUGCAUUUAGCAGGACUGGGCACUGUGGCUCAUGCCUGUAAUCCCAGCACUCUGGGAGGCCAAGGUGGGUGGAUCGCCUAAGCCCCUGAGUUCGAGAUCAGCCUGAGCUGGAGCGAGACCCUGUCUCUAAAAAAUAGCUGGACAUUGCGCCUGUAGCCCCAGCUACGUGGGAGGCUGAGGCAAGACAAUUGCUGAGCCUGAGAAUCUGAGGUUGCUGUGAGCUGUGAGGCCAUGGCACUCUACUGAGGGUGACAAAAUGAGACUCUGUUUCAAAAAAAAAAAAAUGCAAUUAGCACAUGAGAAUCAAGAAAAUACAUUUACCAGAGUGUGUUGCAAUUUUCCCAAACCUGAGUAUCCAAACAACAAACAUGAACUUAUACGUACUGUGACCUCAAAGAAUUGAAUAUAUCCAGAUUCCUGGACAGUAAAGUAAGACAUUUUUGUGGCAUAAAUAAGCUGAUUCACAAAUCACCUUUCUUAACUUUAGGUAGAGGAGAAUAUUUGUAUCCUUUGUUGCUAUGCAACUGUUUAAUGAUGAAGCUUCAAACCACAGUUUUGUAUAUCAUAUGACAAUCAGUUGUUUUCCAAGAAUAUUUAUUAUUUUAGGUAAACACAAUUUCAGUGAAUCUGAGUUUUUCCUAGGAGUCCCUUAAAGGGAAAUUAGCAUUCCGUGAGCCAGUGAAAUACCUACUCUGGAAAAAACAUUAUUACACAUAAAAGAUAAAUUCAAGUUAGUUUUUUAUAAAGAACUAACAUUUUAUAAUAACUGAAUUAAGUUGAGCAAAUGAAAUUUCAAAACCACUUGUAAUAAUGUAUUUUAUAAUAGCACUGUGAUACUAUAUAACACAGUCCCUUUUGUAUUAAAAUAGUAUUUUUUUCACAAA